AUGGGUGGAGUUGAUCAAUGGGCAAGCAUACAUCAAGAUUUGUUGAACCAAAUUACAAAGCGGUUCUAUUCAUACGAUGAAUACCUUCAAUUUCGAUUCGUCUGCAAGCAAUGGAACUUCAAUCUUCCACAGAACCCCAGUGGCAACAAAGUUCCGUGGCUGCUAUUGCCUAUUGCUAAUGCUGCUGCUAAGAGAUCUUCCAAAAAACCUAAGAUAUAUGAAGGUACCAUUUCAAAAUUAACUGAGAGACGAACCCGUAUCUUUGAAGAGGAGGAGAUUUACUAUCUUACAAUGCCAGAGUUGCAAUACAACAAAAUUUGUGGAUCUUGUCAUGGAUGGAUAAUAAUCGUAUUAUUAUACGAAGGCACCAUACAAAUGUUAAAUCCAUUUACAAAGGUUAGCUUCGAUCUUCCUCCAAUUUCAACUCUUCCCAAUGUAAUUGAUAUUCAUGGUGACAAAUGCACUUUUAAUUUUGAGAAUAGGGUUGGCACUCUAGAUACGAUUUCAAUGCAUAAAAUGAAUGUUUGGAAGGUUAUUACGAAUUCAGCACCUAACAAUGAUCUUACAAUGAUUUUAUGGCCGUGA